GCCCCUCUCUCUCUUAAACCCCCCAAAACCAAAAAUUAAAAUCCGCCUUCUUUCUUCUCCCCCGACUCCCUCUUCCGGUAAGAAUCCGGCCCGCCGCCGCCGCCGCUAGCGUCGCCGCGCUCGCUGCUUCUAGGGCUGCGCCUUCUCGCGCCUCCGGUGCCUUCCCUGCUCCCCACGAUCCCCUGCCUCCACAAGCUUCCUUCACCUGCUCACUCCAACCGCUGCCGCCAUGGCGGAGAAGCUCAGGGAUCUAAGCCAGCCGGUAGACGUGACGCUCCUCGAUGCUACUGUCGCUGCCUUCUACGGCACCGGAUCUAAAGAGGAGAGGAGCGCCGCUGAUCAGAUACUACGUGACCUACAAAACAACCCAGACAUGUGGCUACAAGUUGUACACAUUCUGCAGAAUUCCCAGAACCUCAACACCAAGUUCUUUGCAUUGCAAAUACUUGAAAGUGUUAUCAAGUACAGGUGGAAUGCAUUGCCCGUCGAUCAACGUGAUGGCAUAAAGAAUUACAUAUCUGAUGUUAUUGUGCAGCUUUCCAGCAAUGAAGUUACCUUUCGGCAGGAGAGGCUUUAUGUCAAUAAACUCAAUAUUAUUUUGGUGCAGGUACUGAAACAUGAGUGGCCUGCCAGAUGGUCAUCCUUCAUACCUGAUCUUGUUGCAGCUGCAAAGAGUAGUGAAACUCUAUGUGAAAAUUGCAUGGCUAUAUUGAAGCUUCUAAGCGAAGAAAUUUUUGACUUCUCAAGAGGUGAAAUGACACAACAAAAGAUCAAAGAACUGAAGUCGUCACUUAACAGUGAGUUCCGGCUCAUUCACGAGCUAUGUUUAUAUGUCCUAUCUGCAACGCAAAGGCCAGAGCUCAUCCGUGCUACAUUGGCGACACUCCAUGCUUUCUUAUCAUGGAUCCCUGUUGGAUUCAUCUUUGAGUCACCGUUGCUGGAGACAUUACUGAAGUUCUUCCCUAUGGCUGCUUAUCGGAAUCUUACACUUCAAUGCCUAACAGAGGUUGCAGCACUUCAGUUUGGUGAUUUUUAUAAUGUGCAGUAUGUGAAGACAUAUACAUUUUUCAUUAUUCAGUUGCAGGCUAUUCUUCCUCCUGAAAAAAUCCCGGACGUAUAUGCUAAUGGUUCCACUGAAGAGCAGGCGUUUAUACAAAAUCUUGCACUCUUCUUCACAUCAUUUUUUAAGAAUCACAUGCGUAUACUGGAAACAACUCAAGAAAAUAUUGCUGCUUUGCUUAUGGGUCUCGAGUACCUUAUUGGAAUUUCAUAUGUUGACGAUACAGAGGUUUUUAAGGUGUCCUUGGAUUACUGGAAUGUAUUUGUAUUAGAGCUAUUUGAAGCACACAAUCAAAUGGAACCUGCAGUAACUGUAAGCAUGAUGGGGCUUCAGGCGCAGAUGGUUCCUGGAAUGGUAGAUGGGGGCACAGCUGUUAAACAGAGGAGACAGCUUUACUCUGGCCCACUCUCGAAACUACGGAUGCUGAUGAUUUGCCGUAUGGCAAAGCCUGAGGAAGUACUUAUUGUUGAAGACGAAAACGGCAAUAUUGUACGCGAGACAAUGAAAGACAACGACGUUCUUGUUCAGUACAAGAUCAUGAGGGAAACACUGAUCUAUUUAUCCCAUCUUGAUCACGAGGACACAGAACAACAGAUGUUGAAGAAACUAAGCAAGCAAUUAAAUGGAGAAGACUGGAGUUGGAAUAACCUUAAUACUCUCUGUUGGGCUAUUGGAUCAAUAUCAGGUUCUAUGGUAGAGGAGCAGGAGAAUAGAUUUCUGGUUAUGGUUAUUCGUGAUUUGCUAAACCUCUGUGAAAUCACAAAGGGAAAGGACAAUAAAGCUGUGAUUGCAAGUAACAUUAUGUAUGUUGUUGGUCAGUAUCCAAGAUUUCUCAGGGCUCAUUGGAAGUUUUUGAAAACUGUGGUCAACAAAUUGUUUGAGUUCAUGCAUGAGAUGCAUCCUGGAGUUCAGGAUAUGGCAUGUGAUACCUUCCUGAAAAUUGUUCAAAAAUGCAAGCGCAAGUUUGUGACACAACAGGUGGGCGAGAAUGAACCAUUUGUUUCUGAACUUCUGUCCAACCUUGCUACAACCAUCGCCGAUCUUGAGCCACAUCAGAUUCAUACGUUUUACGAAUCAGUUGGCCAUAUGAUCCAAGCUGAAUCUGACAACACUAAUAGGGAUGAAUACCUCAAGAGAUUGAUGAGCCUUCCUAACCAGAAGUGGGCAGAAAUAAUCGGACAGGCAAGCCAAAGUAUUGAUAUCCUGAAGAACCAAGAUGUUAUCCGAUCAGUUCUCAACAUUCUACAGACAAACACAAGUGUUGCGAGCUCACUUGGGCCACACUUCUUCCCACAGAUUUCACUAAUUUUCUUGGACAUGCUAACAGUCUACAGAAUGUACAGCGAGCUUGUAUCAAGCACGAUUGCUGAAGGAGGACCCUUUGCCUCAAGGACGUCAUUUGUAAAACUCUUGAGAUCUGUCAAGAGGGAAACCCUAAAGUUGAUCGAGACUUUUGUGGACAAGGCGGAAGAUUUGCCACAUAUAGGAAAGCAGUUUGUACCACCAAUGAUGGAUCCUGUUCUUGGUGAUUAUGCUAGAAAUGUACCCGAUGCAAGGGAGUCUGAAGUUCUGUCCUUGUUUGCAACAAUCAUUAACAAGUACAAAGGGGAAAUGCUUGAGGAUGUGCCUCGUAUAUUUGAGGCUGUUUUCCAGUGCACCCUUGAGAUGAUUACUAAGAACUUUGAAGAUUAUCCUGAGCACCGCCUCAAAUUUUUUUCUUUGCUUCGUGCAAUUGGCACCCAUUGCUUCCAAGCAUUAAUCCAGCUUUCAAGUCAGCAAUUGAAGCUUGUGAUCGAUUCAAUUAAUUGGGCGUUCAGACAUACAGAGAGAAAUAUUGCAGAGACUGGCCUUAGCCUGUUGUUGGAGAUCUUGAAAAAAUUCCAGGCUUCAGGAUUCCAAAACCAAUUCUACAAAACCUACUUUUUGACAAUUGAGCAAGAGAUUUUUGCAGUCCUCACAGACACAUUCCACAAACCUGGUUUCAAGCUUCAUGUUUCGGUGCUGCAACACUUGUUUUGUGCGGUUGAUGGUCUAACGGAGCCUCUAUGGGACGCGUCUUCUGUACCUUACCAAUAUACGGAUAAUGCUAUGUUUGUUCGAGAUUACACCAUAAAGCUCUUAGGGACAUCAUUUCCUAACAUGACAGUAACCGAGGUGACAAAGUUUGUAGAUGGUCUUCUUAGUUCAAAACUUGAUCUUCCAAGCUUCAAAAACCAUAUUAGAGACUUCCUGGUGCAGUCCAAGGAGUUCUCAGUUCAGGCCCUUGGCGCCACCAGCAGAUUGGCGACGAAUUCUGUUCCUGCUGCUGCCUUGUGUUUACAAGUGAUUUUGUCUUGUGAUGGACAUGUCCUGGCUUUCAGGAUAACAAGGAUCUAUACGCGGAAGAGGCUGCUGCCCAAAGAGAGAGGGAGCGCCAACGUAUGCUUGCCAUUCCGGGGCUCAUUGCCCCUAGCGAGUUGCAAGACGAGAUGGUAGAUUCGUAGUGUUCCUUGUUGAUUCAGCUCUCUAAUGUAGCUUCCUGUUUGUUGGUCCGGCAUCGGAAUACCUCUGGAGCCCUCGACGUCCAAGUUUUCUUCCAGGGUGGUGAAAGAAGGUGCCUGCUGUAAUUUUAUUUUUGGUUACCUCCACAUGAUGCUGAUUCCAAGAUUUGUGGUAGUAGACAGUCAGUUUUGCCGCAUGACUGCUGCUGGGGGUCUCUCAGCAGCUGUGGUUGCCUGGAUGUGUUAGCAGCGGCUCUUGUGCUCGGUGUACUUUGCUAACAUUGGUGCGUGUACUUUGCCCAUCAUAUAUUAUAUUGUGGUACAUCAUUGUAUGCUUCUUUGGUUUAAGUUAAUAGAUGGAAUAGCGAUUUAUGUAUCCAGGCAGGCUGGUAGGAACCUUGUUACUAUGUCUGUAGUGUACUAUUCUGUGAGAUAUCUCAUACGCCUUUUUUUUUCUUUUUCUUUGGUGCAUUCCUCAAUGUGUAGAUUUGCUGUCUCAUCAACAAGGGUAGGUUUGGCUUGGCUGUGUAUGGAGAAAAAACUAUGUUCUUUUGUUAGCACUCUGGUGCGGAGAUUACAUAUAUAAAUGUAGUAAUUUGUUC